CCGCACUGUUGGUGUCUGAGCCGAGCUUGUUGAUGACACCAAAGUAGAACACAGGGGACCCAGAGAGCUACGGUGUUGCAGAAACAUUGGAGAAAGCACGAGUGACGUAGGACACCCAGGCUUGUUGCAGACUUUGUGCUCGCUCUUUGUCUGUUCGAUUGAUCGCUGAUAGCUGGAGCGCUCGGUGCGCUCUGGUGAUGACUGCUAGCGAGAUCCCGGCAGUACCUCCAGCGCUGUUUGCAACGAUAUCGGCUCGACCUUGCAUCUUUCUCUCAAUCUGGUGAGGCGCAAGAAGUGCUCUGGUUUCCGCAAUCCAAUUGGUGCAUGAUCUCGAGUCCUGCAAAUGCUCUCAAGCCCCGACAUACGUCUUCUUGUCGAUGGUCAAGUUCAACAACAUCGCACACAUGUGCGUUCUAGGUGCCGGCAACACCUUAUCGGAGGCGUCGAUGGCCAACUUGCUGAUUUCUCCAAGAGCGUUGUCAAUUUCGCCAUUCGUCAAGUCCACUGCUUAGAAGCUGAAGAGAGAUUACAGAUCUGCUUCCAAUCACCGCAAGGCCUCAGUGGCGGUUCAAUGUGUUUCAAGAGCUCCCGAACGGCUGGCCAGUCUAGUUCCGUGAGGAGUUCAGGACGGAUGGCCAUGAGACCGUCAGCCUUCGUUAUGAGUAGAACGGUAGCGCCGAGUCUCUGGUCCAGCCUUCUGAAGAAAGGAGCAUAUUUGAGGGCGUUUUGGCCGAACAGGAGCUCAUCCUGCAUGGCUGAUGAGGCACAUGGUACGCUUGAGCUCUCUUAUCCAACGAUGCCGAUCGUCUCGACUGAGCGGGGUGGCUUCUUUGGUGAUUAUGUCCCGGGCUUCGAGGAUGUCGUGCUCCUGCUGUGCAGCGGUAGGGCUCGCAGGUCUGUACGUGCUCCAAAGAUGGCGGCGACUGGUCAUCUUGCUCGAGUUGCCCACGGGAAGCGAUGGGCGCUGCUUGCGGGUAGCUCACGUCGUCGCCUGCCUUGUCAGUGUGUUCCUGCUUGUCCUCCGACGAGACUAUCUUGGCCAGGGACAAUGCGGUGCACGCCUGCGACGCCGCUGCCUUGACCGACCGACGAAGGCUGGGGUAUGCGCUGAAGAGAGGGCUCGAUGAUAUCGAAGUUGACAAGGUGCUUGAAAUCGUAUGAAAAGGAUCAAUGGUAGUUGAGAUGGC